CAUUGUUGUAGUUACUAGGAACACGCGUCAGCCGUGCCGCCGGUUUAGCGGUAUUGAUGUGAAGAGUGGUAUUAAAUUCAAAAAAAUAUAACUUUGUGUAAUCUAAUAUCUACAUUAAAAAUAAGGAUGUGUUAUUAUUAAACGUCUUUUGAGUAAAAGUGGUUUUAAAUAACAGUAAAUUAAUGAUUCGCUUUGUCAUAAAAAUAAGUAAAAUAUAAUAAACUUUUUCUAAAUACCAAACUACAAGAAAAUAAAUCCUUUUAAUCAAACUACGGAGAUAACGCGGUUAUGAAAAUAUUUUUAUAAUUUUAUUCUAACGAGGCUUGUUAACGAUAUUUUAAUAUCAUUAGCGGAUUUUAAAAGGGGCAAGAUGAGUUUAUUCAAGACCAUUGCAGCUGUCACAGUUUCUUGUGGGAAGAUGGGAAUCAGGAAUGGAAAUUUGCCAUUACGACCUCUGCUCAGUUGCGCCCCCGUGGCGCUGUCCUGGGACCGAGGUGCGCACACGCAGGACAUCACGAAGAAUAUACAAUAUAUAACCAAUGAGAAGAUCAAGCUCACGACAGAUCCAAAAACUAUGAAAUUGGACAAACAGCUGAACCGUCCAACGUGCGUAAUGAUCAACUGGCUUCUGGCACGACAGAAGCAUGUGAUGAAAUACGCAAAUCUAUACCUCGAACAGGGCUUCGACGUCAUCUCCGUGUCCUGUACGCCUUGGCAGCUGAUUUGGCCGCUCAAGGGUUCUCAGCUGGUCGCAGCUGAUCUUAUAAAGUUCAUGGCGGCGAAUGCAAACGACCAACCGACUGUCAUUCACGGGUUCUCGGUGGGCGGGUACAUCUGGGGCGAGUUGUGCGCGCACGUCAUGAAUAAUAAGGAACAAUACCAGCCAGUGAUAGACCGCAUUGCGGCUCAAGUGUGGGACUCGGCUGCUGACAUCACGGAGAUAACAAUCGGUGUGCCGGCCGCGGUCUUCCCUAAGAACAAGAUCAUGCGAAAAACACUUAAGGCGUAUAUGGAAUACCACAUGAAGACGUUCCACGACGCCGCCACCGUGCACUACAUCCGCUCCUCGCAACUGUUCCACACCAACAUGUGCCGCGCUCCCGCGCUGUUCCUGCUGUCGGCCAGCGACCCCGUCGGCGCCGAGCGCAGCAACCGCAGCGUGUACGACAGCUGGUGCAAGAUGGGCAUCAAGUGCACGUGGCAGUGCUGGGACCGCUCCCCGCACGUGCAGCACUUCACCAAGCACCGCGACGAGUACGUGUCGCUGCUGCGCGCGCACCUCCGAGAACACGUCGCGCCGCAACACGCGCACGCGCAGCUGUCGCGCGCGCACGCACACUGACGGCGGCCGCUCGACUCACAUCGGUGGCCAUUAUUCGUAAUUUCAUUAGUUAUUACUGAGAGAGAGUAAAAGAAUAAGCAAAAUGUUUGUUCUGCACCAUUUCCCAUGUGUUAUUUUGUCGUUUCAUAUUAGGUUAUUCCCGAAAUGUUAAACUAUAACUAUGUAUAAGAAAAAAAAUACAAAUUAAAACGCUGUAUAAAGCGUUUAUCCUUAUAUUAUUAGUAAAUCUUACAUUUAUAUUUCUGAUUUUAUUUUUAAAUAAAAAUUUCAAGAUUUGUAUGAAGGCCUAAACCUAAAUUUAUAAAAUAAAUCUUUAAAAGGACAGUAAUGUGCAAUAUAUUCUCAAUUAGAAUUACGUCACAAAAAUGAAACAGCUAUGACAUACAUAAUAUAUAUGUAUAUAAUUAAUAAAAAACGGAUAUACAUACUUUCUUUGAAGCUUAAAUCGAUAAAAAGUUUUUAUAUUUAACAUUAGUUUGUGUAUUUAUUACUUUUUCUUUCGUUCAACUCCUUUCUUUGUCGCACUACCAAAAAAUGGAAUUCCUUACCAGCUCACGUGUUCCCCUCCUCUUACAACCCGGGUUCCUUCAAACGAGGCGUGAAGAGGCAUCUUGCGGGCCGGCAAGGCGGGGACGGCUAGUACAGAACAUUCUUCCCGACUGUACUGGCCGUCGUCGCGUUUGGACUCUACUACCACUUACCAUCAGGUGGAGUAGAGUCAUUUGCCAUCCCGGACAUAUAUAAAAAAAAAACUUUUUGAAUUGUGUAAAAUGUUUGCCUAUUACCAUAAAUAACAAAAAAAGUUCACUUUUACGUAAUAGAAGAAUUCAUUGUUCUCAAAAAUAUAUGUUAUGACGAUAUACGCAUAUUUUGUUUACAGUAUCAGCCUGUGAAUGUCCCACUGCUGGGCUAAGGCCUCCUCUCCCUUUUUGAGAAGGUUUGGAGCUUAUUCCACCACGCUGAUUAUUUUGUUUACGUCACUACAAUUUAAAUAUAUAUGUUAUACAUCAUUUCAUUUAACAUGUUGGGUUUUUUAUUCAUAUAUUUUUGCAAAUUUGUCUCGACUUAUUUUAAUUCGAAUUAAAAGAUAUUAAUAUUAAUACAGUAUGUUAACUAAUGAAAGCUUUUUCCUACAAAUAUACUACAACACUAAAAAUGCGAGCAAAUACCUAUGUUUAAAAAAGAUCUUCACAAUCAUAUAUGACCUUUUCCAUUUAUUUUUUAUUUUUUUGUGUGGGGUAAUUUUAAUGGGCGGAGUUUAACAGUUGGCCCAAGAUGACAGUUGUUGCAAAAUUUUAGGAGAAAAAUAUUUAAAAUUAAUUUAAAUAACUUAUGACCUUAAAAGCAUGGUCAGCAUCGAUGGUCAUGGCAUUAUCAGGAAAUUGGAAUAUCGUGUGAGACAAGAAACUCGAUUUUUUUUUUUAUUUCUUAAAUCGAAAAGUCUUUGAUUAGUACGAAAUAAUCAAAGACUUAUUUUAAUUGUAACCUCAACAGUAUAUCAAUACUGGCCAAUAUUAAUAUAUUUUAAUGGGAACAUAUUGCGUUAGUUAAUACAUUUUAUAAUUUUAACUUAUCAGUUAAUUAUAGUUAAAUUAUGUGUGACGUCAAGUCUCAGGGGUAUUUAGUAUUAUAUAAAGUAAACUAAUAUAUAUAACACAUGUUCGUGUCUUAUGUAGAUUUAUAUGACAAUCUGAAAAUUGGCAUACUUUUUUUUUAUUGCUAGGAAUAAGUCUUUGCGAUUAGAUUGUUUAAAAUUUUCGAACAUGAUCACGUGUCGAUUGAACUGAAUUUUUAAUGUAAGUUUUUAUGUAAAAUCCUUGUGAAUUUUCCUUGUUUUCAUAACGUUUUUUAUGUAAUAAAAAUAUUAAAUAACA